UCCGCAGAGGACGCGCCGGAUAGAUGCAGAUGGGAGAGAGCGAAACAACCGAGAGGACCGCGGAUGCUUUUCAAGUUUUUUUUUCUCUUUAUCAUUUAAUCGCAGUGAAAAGCGCUGAUAUCAGAGAGUCGAGUGAAAAGUGAGCGGUCCAGCUGCUCCUCGGUCUGGCACGGAUAGAAGAAUCUCUUCUCACACAUCGUCAGGUCUGUGGAUUACGCACGGCGGAGCUCGCGGGACAGAGAAAAGUUUUUGACAACUAUCGUUUUGUCGCACAGGAAUGCGUAACAAAGUGCGUUUUGCCACACAGGUCUGAGCACGCACAAGCUGCUAUAUAACUAAAAUUGUCACCGAAGUCUCCAUGGAGUGAUUUGACACUUUUUUUUUAACCACUCGCGCAAAAAUUUCGCUCAUGCUGACAUAGACUGAAUUUAUUUAUGGAUUAGAAUAAAGUGGUACUUUAACCAAACAUCAGAAGAGAGAAAUACAUAUCAAGAUAUAUGCUUUGGGGGAUGGCAACAGCCACCUCAAGUCCAUACCUAGCCAGCAGCAGGAUUUUAUCCGCCCCGGUCCUUCACUCUGAUCGGAGGGGUGGUGGCAUGCAGCCGGGCAGCACCGCUGUGACCACGGUUUCUAGUGGAUACAGAGGGGACCCUUCAGUUAAGAUGGUGCAGAGUGACUUCAUGCAGGGAGCCAUGGUGGCGAGCAACGGGGGCCACAUGCUAAGCCAUGCUCACCAGUGGGUGACAUCGUUGCCUCACGCAGCAGCCGCGGCAGCCGCAGCCGCGGUGGCUGCGGUCGAGGCCGGCUCUCCGUGGCCCCCCAGCUCCCAGCAGCAAGACGCGAAGAGAAACGCCGGCAGGGAGGAGCUCCACUCAGGCUCCGCUCUGCACCACAGGUCCCCACAUCUGGGACCCCAUCAGACGCACCCGGGAAGUUGGGGAGGCACGUCCGCUGCGCACAUCAGCAUCACAGAGGGGCAGCAGCAGCAGCAGUCCCUCAUUUACUCUCAGCCAGGCGGGUUUACAGUCAACGGGAUGCUCAGCUCACACGCCGGGCAGAGCCUCAUGCACCCGGGGCUGGUGCGCGGGGAGUCCCCGGAGCUGGACCACGGCAGCCAGCAUCAUCACCCUCAACACCACCACCACAAUCACCACACGCACCUCCACCAGCAUCACGCUGUGAGCCACGAGUCGCACUCAGACGAGGACACCCCGACGUCCGACGACUUGGAGCAUUUCGCCAAGCAGUUCAAACAGCGGCGAAUCAAACUCGGUUUCACACAGGCAGAUGUGGGCUUAGCUCUGGGCACCCUGUACGGCAACGUGUUCUCACAGACCACCAUCUGCAGGUUCGAAGCGCUUCAGCUGAGCUUCAAGAACAUGUGCAAGCUGAAACCUCUGCUCAACAAAUGGCUGGAGGAAGCCGAUUCCACCACCGGGAGCCCGACCAGCAUCGAUAAGAUCGCCACCCAGGGCAGGAAGAGGAAAAAGCGCACGUCCAUCGAGGUGAGCGUAAAAGGCGCGUUGGAGAGCCACUUCCUCAAGUGUCCCAAACCUUCCGCGCAGGAGAUCAACUCUCUGGCGGACACUCUGCAGCUGGAGAAGGAGGUGGUCAGGGUUUGGUUCUGCAACCGCAGGCAGAAGGAGAAGCGCAUGACGCCACCUGGACUCCCGCGUACCCCGGAGGACGCUUACUCACAGGUGGGCAGCAUCGGUCCUGACACACCGUCUCCCUCCAUAGACUGCAAGAGGAUGUACAGCGACACGUGAAAAUAACUUAACCAAAUUGACGGAUAAGAAAUCUGAACAGGGUUAAGUGUUUGAAUAGAUUUUUAGAGAAACAUUUCCCCGAACGACUGAAUAUUUGGUUAACUUUUCUUACAGUACAUGUGUCUUUUGAUCCACAAUAAUGUUAUCCAGUGUGUGUUCAUUUCAGAGCAGGACAGAUGUCUACGUUUAUGAAUCGUCGGGUAUUUUUCUGCACUAUAUGAAUCAGCCUUUGGGACAGAAAAUGAGUCUGAAUAGAAAACAAUUUUUAAGGCAAUUUUUUCACCUGAAGAUCACAGGCAACAGAAAAAUAAAGAUUUUUCAGAGACUUUAAAGCCAAGACGCCCAAACAGAAAAACGCUCUUUACAUAUCUUUGUGCGGUUAAAAAUCAAAGUUCCCUUGUAAUGCUGCAGAUUUUAAUGUCCCCACAGGCUAGACUGGGCUAUAAUCGACGUUUUUUUUUUUUUUUUUUUUUUUUAAUGAAAGUCAUUGAUUUAAUGCGCUUUAUUCAGCAUUAAGUUGCUUUUUUUAAAUAAGCAAUAAUUUAUCUUCUUUUAAAGGUGUUUCUCUCCUUUGUGUUGUCAGUGGCUUUAUGUUGUGACACAGUUUAAGAUGGUCAAAGAGCAGAAAUAAUUCCAGUAAUGUGUUUUCCUUCAUAGGAAACUACUACUACUUCUUUUUUUUUUUUCUUUUUUUUUUUUGAAUUAGUAAGCACUCCCUUAAGUUAAUGUACAACUAAGUCUGCUGUGUAUUCUUGUGUGAUGAUUUGGACUAUUUAUUUUUUCCACUGUGUUUAUUUCCAUGGAACAGACUAAUUAUUUAAUAAAUCUGACAUAAGGGAAAAUUGU